AUGAGUAAUUCAACUCCGGUGUGUCGUUAUUUUGCGAAUGGUGCAUGUGAUAUGGGAGAUUCUUGCAGGUACUCACAUGAUCGAAGUUCUGUGAAUUCGCAAAUUUGUCAAUUUUACGCCAUUGGAAGGUGUUCGUUUGGAAAUCGUUGUCGAUUUGAUCACCGAAAACCAAACUCGCAAAGUCCAAGACCAACUACUAGCAGUUCAAGACCGACCACUAGUACUGGUGCUGCAACGCCGAGGGUUGUAAAGCCACCAACACCUGCCGCCAUUCCGAAACCAGGAUUGAAUGUUCAGGCACCCGAAUUCAUCCCUAGUUGGAAAAAGAAUACUGUGAACAGCUACGCCGCUGCGGCCGGCGCUUCAAAUUCGGCCGAGUAUUUGGAGCAGAAACGACUCGAGAACCUCGCACUUUGUCCAUAUUUCGAAAAAAGUGGCGAAUGCCCGCGCUCAGAAACAUGCGUAUUUGCCCACGGCGAUCUCUGUGAUAUGUGCAAUACAUGGUGCAUGCACCCGUUUUCAAUGGAUAAACGCAACGAGCAUUUCAAAGAAUGCUCGUCGAAUCAUGAGAAGGCAAUGGAAAUGGCAUUCAUGGAGCAACAAUCAUUGGAGAAGUCGUGUGGAAUCUGCAUGGAGCUUAUAUUUGAAAGCGAACUGCGAUUCGGCAUUCUUCCUGGUUGUAAACACUGCUUUUGUCUCUCAUGCAUUCGUGAAUGGAGAUCGAAGCAUGAGACUUCGGAUCUCGAUGAAAGUGUCGUUCGAUCGUGUCCGGAAUGCCGCCAACACUCGGACUAUGUGAUUCCGUCGGUGCUGUGGGUGGAAGGAGAGCAGGAGAAAAAAGUUCUCAUCGAAAUUUACAAAGAGAAUUUGAAGCGCAAAGUUUGCAAAUAUUAUAAUGGCUCCGAACGAGGUGUGUGCCCGUUUGGCAACAAAUGCUUCUACAAACAUCAACUUCCUGAUGGAAGCAUCGAUCCGGGAGAGAGUCCGCGUGCAAGAAGAAGAGCUCGAAUUGCCGACUUCUUGGAUAUUGAUGAUGAAGACUUCGAUUACAUUUCCGACUUGCUAGACCGCUUUUUAAUCGAAUAA